AUGGACCAUCUCCCCGCUGACAUUGAUAAAAACAGUGGAAAUGCUACGACACUGCCGCAACAAGCACCUCCAAAGCAACGAAAGACCACGAAAUUCACCCUUUCCAAAUACACCAUCUAUGAAACAAAGGACAGAAUGUAUGUUGUUGGCAGCAACAAGCGGGAAACAAUGUUCAGGAUCCUGGAGAUCGACCUUUCAGUACCAACCAGGGAUCUGGCUGUGCUCGAGGAUAAUGUAUUUUUCACCAGAUCUGAGAUCAUGAACGUGUUGGCUGCUCUUGAAGAUGCCAACAGUGAAGGUCUCACCAAGAAACUCACCGGGUAUGGGCUGCUAGGGUUCAUUAAGUUCACAGACUGCUACUAUUUGAUAGUCAUCACCAAAACAAGUCCCGUUGCAAUACUCGGUGGCCACUCAAUAAACCAUAUUGACGAGACACAACUAGUGCCGCUAUCAAACUCCUAUAAAAAACCCGACAAGUACUCGAUAGAAGAACGCUUCAUCAGCACUUUUCUUAGCCUUGAUCUCAGCAAAACCUUUUAUUUUAGCUACACCUACGAUAUCACCAAUACGCUCCAAACGAAUAUACUUCGAGAGAAAUUAAAAGCUGUCGCCCGUUCAGAUCUUCAAAUUCCCACCGGGAUCCCAGACUACAACGAAAUGUAUAUGUGGAACAGUAAUUUGCUUAAGCCAGUGUUUCCAUGUAUUGACACCGUCUACGAUUGGUUCCAAGCGAUGGUUCAUGGCUUCAUAGACCAGGUCAAUGUUCUUAUUUGGGGCAAGAGUGUGUUCGUGACUCUGAUUGCUCGGCGAUCGCAUCAUUUUGCGGGAGCUAGAUUCUUAAAAAGAGGUAUAAACAAACAGGGUUACGUGGCAAAUGAAGUCGAGACUGAACAAAUUGUCUCAGACAUGAUCCUUACACCUUUCCACCGGCCUGGUAAUGGUUAUUUUGAUAGUGAUCGGUAUACCUCGUUUGUCCAGCACCGGGGGUCAAUUCCAUUGUGCUGGUCACAGGAAACCUCCAAUCUGACUGCCAAACCACCUAUUGAGAUUAAUGUCAUAGACCCUUUUUUCAGCUCAGCUGCAUUACAUUUUGAUCGUUUAUUUCAAAACUAUGGCGGAGGGCCCAUUCAAAUUCUAAACCUGAUCAAAACCAAAGAGAAGACGCCUCGUGAAGUCAAGUUAUUGAGAGAAUUUGAGCAAUGUAUCCACUACCUCAAUACGUUUCUUCCCGAGGACAAAAAACUUCAAUAUACCUCCUGGGAUAUGAGUCGCGCUUCAAAAUCCCACGGUCAGGUUGUCAUCGAAUUUUUAGAAAAGUACGCAAUCAACACCGUGGAAACUACUGGAAUUUUUCACAACGGACCCGACUUCAGCAGUACUCAGAUCCAAGAGGGCGUUUGUAGGACAAACUGCAUUGAUUGUCUCGAUCGUACAAACGCUGCACAAUUUGUUAUAGGGAAGCGAGCUCUCGGUGUUCAAUUGAACAAACUAGGUAUAAGUGAUAACUCCUUUUUGGAAUAUGACUCUGAUAUUGUUCACAUAUUGACUGAGCUGUUCCAUGACCAUGGAGACACGAUCGCUUUACAAUAUGGGGGAUCUCAUCUUGUGAACACCAUGGAAACUUACAGAAAGAUUAAUCACUGGAGCUCUCAUUCACGAGAUAUGAUCGAAAGCAUCAAAAGAUUUUACAGCAACUCUUUCGUGGAUGCUCAGAGGCAAGAUGCGAUCAAUCUAUUUCUGGGCCAUUACGUUUGGCAGAAGGGCACGCCUACAUUAUGGGAAAUGAACACAGAUUUCUAUCUACAUAUGGGAUCUGAUACAUUUAGCGGUACAAGAAGCUACACCAAGUGGUGGAACGUUUACCACAUCAAAAGCUUACGAGAGAUCAUAAAAAAAGAGAUAUUGGAUAAGAACAAUGAUGUUACGAAAGAGAAAACACAUCUUAACGUGCGAGGCUAUCCGGGCGCUUUCGAUAACUACUGGAAUGAAUACUAUGCGCCCCGUCUCCUUUCUUCGUUGCAGGAUUUAUUUGCCUACAAAAUGAAUUCUACAAGACGAUAUAACACUAAUGAAAAGAGAGGUGAUCGUGUUUCCCCCUUCCAUUCGCGAAAGCAAAGUCAUUUGAACAACAAACUGAAGGAGCUGGUGGCUCAAAAACCACAAGAAAAGCGCUUAUCGGAGACCGAAAAAAAUCAACUGACCCUUAAGGAUGAAAAUGAGCUUUGUCAUGUGUUUCUGAAACGGCAAGCGAUCCAACUAGGAGCUUUGAAGUCUCAAUUGAAUAGUUUCGACUUGCAACAAAGUGAAAGCGGUGAGAGCAGCUCUGAUAAAGAUUACGUCCUGGAAUCUGGAACCGUGUUUUCGUCCGAUAAUAUGCCAUCCGUUCAUUCCCAGGUAACUACCAGAUCCUUGAACAGUGAAAAGGAAGUAUAUGAGAAGUAUCAAACCAUGACAGGGCACUCAGCUGUGGGAAGUUACAGCUCUCUCGAGUUGCAAGACGUCCACGUUCCAAUGGCUGAUCUCAAAAUUUACGAAUCACAUUAUGACAGAGUUUGA